UUUGAAAUAGAACUUCUGAUUGUAAAUUUAAUAAUAAUAAUAAUAAUAAUAAUUUUUCCUUAUAAGAAAACAUCAUAGAAGAGUCGAAGGGUUUAUAUCCUGUACCGCGCUUCCGCAUCGACCGCUGCUACCGUAUUAUAUUAUUAAAAUUUGUCAGAUUUCUGGGACGCCAUGGCGGUGCAGGCAGGAGUUGCCACUACUAAGAUUCUUGUCCUCGUUGGUGCAGGAUUGGGAGGGUCUGUUCUUUUAAGAAGCGGUCGCUUGUCAGAUAUCAUUUCAGAGCUUCAGGGAUUGAUAACAAAGAUAGAUGAAACUGGACAGUCAGAUGGCAACUCUGAGACUGCUGCUAUUCUUGCAGCACAGGUACGUCGUUUGGCGCAAGAAGUAAGGCAGCUAGCUGCUUCCAGGCCAAUAACAGUUGUGAAUGGCUCUGGCCAAAGUGGGAACCUAUCAUCUCUUUUGAUGCCAGUUGCUGCCCUUGGGGCAAUGGGAUAUUGCUAUAUGUGGUGGAAAGGAUGGUCCUUUUCCGAUGUCAUGUUUGUUACCAAGCGUAACAUGGCCAGUGCUGUUGAAUGUGUGACCAAACAGUUGGAUCAAGUUUCAACAGCCCUUGCUGCCACAAAGAGGCACUUGACCCAGAGGAUUGAAAAUUUGGAUGGGAAAAUGGACGAGCAGAAAGAAAUGUCUAAACUAAUUAAGAAUGAGGUUAUUGAAGUCCGUGAAGAUAUUUCUCAGAUAGGAUUUGAUAUUGAUUCAAUUCAGAAAAUGGUUGCUGGGCUGGAGGGAAAGAUUGGCUCACUAGAGGAUAAGCAGGAUUUUGCAAAUGCUGGUGUGUGGUACUUAUGCCAAUUUGUAAAAGGAACUAAAGAUGGACGCAUGCCAGAAGUUCUACAGGACUUUCCUGCUAAGGCUCAAUUAGGACGCUCUGCCCCUAUGUUUGCUGAGGAAAAAAGUUUAAAGGGACUCCAAUACCUUGCAGAUACCAUUGAGAAAACAAAACCGAAUGUAGUCUCAUCAAAUGAUAUAGAUGAUAUAUCUUCCAAAACAAAAAGUGUAACAGGGCCCACCAAAAUACACAGAUCAUUUGCAAAUUGUGUAUCUUUGCGAAGGACCAUAUCUCUGAAUGAAUGAGGGAGUUGACUCUUUAUUACUGCUAGACUUGAUUUUUCUUGCUUCAGCCAUGGUGUUGGCAAUGGCAGGUAUAUUUCACAGUGAAUAAAUUAUUCCAAGCACAGUUAUCAUACGGAAGGUUCUUUUUAAGAGAUUCCGUACAGAAGAUUCUUUUGAGAGUUUUCAUUUGGAAGUAAUUCAACUAUGUAUUUAUGUGCAGAUAGUAUAUUGGAUUCUGUAAAUUCUGAAAGUGAAAAUUUCUUUUGUAUUAAUUUGUGCUGGACUUAUUUUGAUGUUUUUACCAGCUGAAAUAUAUUAUCAAAUUUUUCUUGAAAAGCAACAAUAUGUGUAAGUCUACGGUUUUUCAAACCUGGAGUUAUCCCUAUGUUCUAUGAUUUUGAGAAACUCAAAUGAUGAUGAGAAUUUCCCUUAAAUUUCAAAACCAA